CGCGUUUCGAUUUUAGUAUUGACUGUUUACGUGUGUUGGUAAAGAAGCAUGUUGAUAUCUGGGAUUCUUUAAGAAAUUAAAGCAAUCUUGUGCUUUUGUGUUUUAUCAGGAUUCAUUUAAAGAAACCCCAGAGAUAAGCAAUGGCUUCUGCUGCUGAAUUUUCAAAGGUGGUACAGAAAGCACAUAAUGCCUUUAAGAGUGGAGUUACAAAAAAUGUGUCUUUUCGAAUACAGCAGCUGAAAAACUUUUACAGAUUAUGUGCUGAAAAUGAACAAAAACUUGUUAAAGCUGUGAGCCAGGAUAUAGGAAAGCCAAACCAAGAAGCUGUCUUAUAUGAAGUAGAAUUCCUUAUGAAUGAUAUACGAUGUAUGCAACAAAAUAUCCGUAAAUGGAUUAAACCUGAACCAUCAGAGAAAAACUUCAUUACCUUACUGGAUGAAACUUUUGUUCAAAGUGAGCCAUAUGGUGUGGUUUUUAUUCUUGGAGCAUGGAAUUAUCCUAUUCAACUGUCUCUGAGCCCAGUGGUUGGUGCAAUUACAGCAGGAAAUUGUGUUAUUUUGAAACCAUCAGAACUGUCUUCAAAAACAGCUGAACUUAUGAAAACUCUUAUACCACAAUAUCUUGAUCCUGUAAGAAUGCUAUCAUGUUUUACUGGUGGUCCUGAAGAAACUGCUGAUAUGCUAAAAGAGGAGUUUGACUAUAUAUUUUACACAGGCUCUACCCGUGUUGGGCAACUUGUUCGUGAAGCUGCAAAUAAGCAUUUGACUCCUGUUACGUUAGAGUUAGGUGGGAAAUCUCCUGUAUACUUAGAUGAUUCUGUUAACUUAGAAGUAGCUUGCAGGAGAUUACUUUGGGGCAAACUAAUAAAUGCAGGCCAGACAUGUGUUGCACCAGAUUAUUUAAUGUGUACUAAAAGUGUGCUAGAAGAAUUAAUACCUACUAUGAAAAGUGUGUUAAAAGAGUUUUAUGGUGAUGAUCCUAAAAGUUCUCCAGAUUUUGGAAGAAUCAUAAAUGAAAAACAUUUUCACCGUUUAUUGUCACUAAUGAAGAAUGGCGAUGUAGUCAUAGGCGGUGACCAUGAUGAGUCGAUCAAAUAUAUUUCUCCUACAGUCAUAAAAAAUGUACAAGUGUCAGAUCCUAUCAUGCAAGAAGAGAUAUUUGGGCCUUUGCUUCCUAUAAUCACAGUUGAUGGUCCUGAAGAAGCUAUAGAUAUUAUAAAUAGCAAAGACAAGCCACUGACAUUGAAUGUUUAUUCAAAGAAAUCUGAUAUAAUACGCAAGUUUCUUGACAACACAUCAAGUGGAAGUGUGUGUGUUAAUGAUUCUAUAGUGAACCUUUCAA